GAGACACGCCCAGCCUCUUCCUCACUGCGGACUGAAGUCGGAAACACAAGUUCAACCGCAUCUUUUAUGUACCGUUAGCCGAAUACCAUUACUCUGCUACCGAGCCGAAGCAAGGUGGCCAGAUACCAAAAAAAUACAAAUAAAAACAGGAUAUGGCGAAAACGUACGACUAUCUGUUUAAACUGCUGCUCAUCGGGGAUAGCGGAGUGGGCAAGACGUGCCUACUGUUUCGAUUCAGCGAGGACGCGUUCAACACCACUUUUAUCUCCACUAUAGGAAUUGACUUCAAAAUCAGAACAAUAGAGCUGGAUGGGAAGAAAAUCAAGCUUCAGAUCUGGGAUACAGCAGGACAGGAGAGGUUUAGAACCAUUACCACUGCAUAUUAUAGAGGAGCAAUGGGAAUUAUGCUGGUGUAUGAUAUCACAAAUGAGAAAUCUUUUGACAACAUCAAGAACUGGAUCAGGAACAUUGAGGAGCAUGCAUCAUCAGAUGUGGAACGGAUGGUAUUGGGAAAUAAAUGUGACAUGAAUGAUAAGAGACAAGUUUCAAAAGAAAGAGGGGAAAAGUUGGCUAUUGAUUAUGGAAUAAAGUUCCUGGAAACCAGUGCAAAAUCCAGCACAAAUGUCGAAGAGGCCUUUGUCACCCUUGCUAGAGACAUCAUGACCAGACUAAACAGAAAAAUGAAUGAGAAUAACCCUGCAGGAGGAGGAGGAGGAGGAGUGAAAAUCACAGAGAAUCGAUCCAAGAAGCCCAGCUUUUUCCGCUGCACUUUGCUCUAACCCAGUAACUUCUGCAAGCCUCAGUGUGUGAAUGUUUUCAUUUCUCCAUGUUUGUUUGAGCGCAGUGUGUGUGUGUUUGUGGCAGGGUUUACUCUACCACUAAACCUUCAGCUGUUAGCUGCUGCUGAGAGCACUGGACUUCAGCCUGCCUCAUGUAUACACACUGAUGGCUAGAAAAAGAGUAUGGCAGACUCUUUUGAGCUGUUCCCAAAAAGUCCCUUUUAAACCAAAUUUCCAUCAACCUCGCCAAACCCAUUUAACCUCGCAACCCGGAUCAGUCCCCUUUUAGUGUAGCAUGAUUUGAAUUCAUCACAUGCAGUCAAAUUAUAGUUACUUUGAUUUUUAAAGUGAUUUGCUGUGUAGCAGCAUUUAAUGAAGGAAGAUAUAUGAAAGAGAUAACAGACUAUUAAAUUCCUGCUGUGCAGUUUUUUGCAAUAAAGACUGUGGACCCAAAGUAGCAACUGAUGAACCUGAUGGUUUGACAGUUAAACUGAAGGACAUGCAAUAUAAUUCUUUUGAAUGUCAUGUUUUUAAUGUUAUAUUUAAAGUCACCAAUUUUAUAUGUAGUUUAAUACAGUUUCUUAAGGUUAUUUUUCUUUAAUAAGAAGUUUUGUUACUGUUCCAAAGCCACAAUAAACUAUGGAAUCAAAGCAACAUUCCAUAGUUUGCAGUCUUCCCCCUUUGCACGAUCUUACGUUAUUAACCUUACAUGACCAAAGUAAAAACAAAUCAAAACUGUGAUGGAUAAUAACUUUUUUUUUUUUGUUCAAGGUCAAAAUUAUUUUAUUUCUUUCUUUGGUUUUAAUCACUCGUAAAUUACAUACACAAACACACAAAAAUCCUUUUCGUCAUGCUUGUUGAAGCAGCAGCUAGCUAUGCCUCAGCUAGGCCCUGUAUAUUAGAAUAUACAGUAUACAGUAUUACAUUUACUAAUGGUAUUAUAUUUUUUUACUCUACCAACAUAAUCAUCUUUUACUUACCACUGCAUAUAAACCACCUAAGGCAUGUUAACCUGUGCUUGUGUGAGAUUCAUCGAUUUAUUGUUAAUACUUAUUUUAUUACUCAAUUUAAUGGCAUCACAGUAUUCUGUAUUUGUCUUUUUUAAUUCCCUCUUUUAUAAGACUCUUUGAGUGUGAAAUUGUGUAGUGUUUACAGUACUACUUGCAAUAGUAUCUUUUUUAUGUAUGUCAUGCACUGUUAUCUGUGUGUGUGGCUCUCUCGUAGAGCUGCCUCGCUUCAUAAACCACUGAUCCUCCUUGUGAAAUCAGUCUCAAUCGCUCAAAAAAGAAUGCAAGGUUGUACAAGCCUUAAUGUGUUUACUCCUGUCACCUUAUUAGGUUUUACCAGGCCCAGAUUGAAUCUACAGACUUUUGCAUUUUCUGGAAUUCUUAUGAAUUAAUUUAAAUUAAACAUCUUUUUGGUAGCUUAAGGCAUAAUCAAAUUAGCCAAAAUAAUCAAUAAAUGAACACGCAAGGGGCGGGAAAGGCAUUACAACUCUGAAACCUGUUGCUUUCAAUGUGCAGAUUCAAUGUUGGCCUGGUUAUUUCAAAUGCAAAAAGCAAAGAAUUCAAACCUGAAGGCAGCCUGUGGUGAUUCAAGGGGAAUUUGCAAUCUCUUUAAGUUACUCAAAAUUAAUGAAUGAUUGAUUCUGCUGUUUCUGUUAAAGGUUGUAUGAUUGCUUGAGUUCCAUUGGGUGUUGUGCAUCUGUUUGACAGUUCCUGCUCAGAGGCUUGCUAUUGCAAAUGGCUCUGAAUUCAUGAUUUGAAUAUGCAUGCAGGCACACUUGCAUAUUUUACAGUGAAACAGUGACAGCACUCAACCUCCCAUAUGACAUUUUAUCGUCUGUUCUGUAAUAUGUCAGUGUUAACUGAUUAUGUAAAAAAAUUAAAAUAUCUUUUCUAAGUUA